GGAAGAAUUUCUUUCACACCCAGGACUUUGGAGGGGUCAGAGAGAGCACUCCAUGCACUGAAGCAUAACGCUGAUGCUCUCCUGCUGCUCUGUGAGGAUGCCACUGUUUGCCGUGGGUUUUCUGCUAGUGAUCCUUCAGCCGUCCACCGCGCAGUUCCCCAGAGCCUGUGCAAACGCACAGAGCUUGCUGAGGAAGGAGUGCUGUCCCCCCUGGGAUGGAGACGGAUCUCCUUGUGGGGAGCUUUCCAGCAGAGGGUCCUGCCAAAACAUUCUUCUCUCUCAGGCUCCGCUGGGACCACAGUUCCCUUUCUCAGGAGUGGAUGACAGAGAGGACUGGCCCUCUGUGUUUUACAACCGGACGUGUAAAUGUGAAGGCAACUUCAUGGGAUUCAACUGUGGGGAGUGCAAGUUUGGUUUCUCAGGACUCAAUUGCACUGAAAGGCGACUGAGAACAAGAAGAAACAUCUUCCAGCUCACCACCAGUGAGAAGGACAAGUUUCUUGCCUACCUUAACUUGGCAAAGAAUACACCUAGCCAGGACUAUGUUAUUGCUACAGGCACGUACACUCAGAUGAACAGCGGCUCCAACCCCAUGUUCAGAAACAUCAACGUAUAUGAUCUCUUUGUGUGGAUGCACUAUUAUGCCUCUAGAGACACUCUCUUAGGUGGAUCCAAUGUGUGGCGGGACAUUGAUUUUGCCCAUGAAGCCCCUGGUUUUCUGCCUUGGCAUCGGGUCUUUCUGCUGAUGUGGGAACGCGAGAUCCAGAAGAUAACAGGUGAUGAGAACUUUACCAUCCCCUACUGGGACUGGCGAGAUGCAGAAGACUGUGUGGUCUGCACUGAUGAAUACAUGGGUGGUAGACAUCCCACCAACCCUAACUUACUCAGUCCAGCAUCAUUUUUCUCCUCAUGGCAG